CAGAUUUCUCCUUGAAAAUUGAGGUCGAGUCACUUUUUUUUUUACCUUUCUUGGUUGAUAUACACACUCCUGUCUUUCAUCAUGUCCGCACUCGCAGCAAUCAGGUCUUUGCGCAUUUCCCAGGGAAUAUUCACAGCGGCGAACAUUGGCCUUGCUAGCUACCUUGUCCAUGAGGAAGCCAGCCUGUCCAACACUGUUACAGUCUCUCUUGUUGCAGCGUGCAUCUCUGUCGUAGGCGCACUCUGUGCUCCUAGUGCCAGCAGCCUUGGCUCAUCGAGGCCGUCGAAACUUUACUUCGCCUUUGCAGUAGACUGGGUUGUGAGCUUCUCCAACCUAAUGGCGCUCAUCUUCCUUGCCUUGUUUGUGACCAAGUCUUCUCACUGCCAGGAGAAGCUGUGCACAAUAGCCAAGAUUAACACUGUCACAACUGGAUUCAACUUUGGCAACUGGAUAGCCACGACCACAUAUCUGGGCAUUCAAAUAUCAAAGCUGAAGGGCGACACUGCAAGCGUCCCAGCCAUGGGCAAAAUCCGCCUUUAGUACGCGAAUUGCGAGCCCUGCUCCCUCUUCUAUAGACUUAUCAUAUGUUUAGCCAAGAGUCUGGUUCAGAAAAGAUCAGGGAUGCUGAAAAUGGCGUCAAUGUCUAAGACACUACGAGGUCACGAAGAAAUGAGCGCAGCUGGUACAAUCUCUAUCAUACAGCGUACCAAUGCAACUGUACUUGGGUCAUAGAAUGCCUGAAUUAGAAAAGAUAUUAUGAUAUACAUGAGUUACACCG